GCGCCGCGACUCCCAGCGUUGGUCUUAGUUACUCCACGACUCGACAAGAUCGCACAAAAAGUCUCUCUCAUUUCAAUUUUACCACACACUACACCACCACCACAAAAAUGCCGGCUCGUAACAAGGAACAAGAAGCUGAGGUUUUGACCUGGAUCCAGGAUGUACUUGGCGAAAAAUUGCCACCUGGAAACUAUGAAGACAUCCUUAAGGAUGGAGUUAUUCUUUGUCAACUUAUUAACAAAAUAGUCCCGGGAUCAGUUAAGAAAAUUCAAACUAAGGGCACAAACUUUCAACUCAUGGAGAACGUUCAACGAUUCCAAGCGGCUAUUAAAAACUAUGGAGUACCACAGGAGGAGAUUUUCCAAACAGCCGAUCUUUUCGAAAGGCGAAACAUCCCUCAAGUCACUCUCUGCCUUUACGCCCUUGGGAGGCUCACGCAGAAGCAUCCUGAGUACACUGGACCAAGACUCGGGCCCAAAAUGGCAGAGGAGAACAAGAGGUCAUUCACUGAAGAUCAACUUCGUGCUAGUGAAGGUCAGUUGAAUUUGCAGAUGGGAUUCAACAAAGGAGCAAGUCAAUCUGGACAUGGUGGUUUCGGGAAUACUCGACACAUGUAAAAAAUUCAAAGAUCAAAAGAAUUUUUAUAUAAACAUCGAAACAUUAAUUUCUGAACUUUCUGGUAUCAAGAUUUUCUGUCCGAAAAUGAAGUCAAAUAGAAAAUAUUUAAAUAAUAUUUAUUUUAUA